UACACGUGUUACUACCAUCUUCCCCUUUACUUCUUCUUUUUUAUCUUUGCUUCCAUGCAUGGUUUUCUCCUCCUAAUUCCAAAUAUAGCAUUGUAAUUUGUAAGAGAGAGAAACUGGAGAGAGACAGUAAACCUCUAGUAAUACUUAAAAUUUUCUUCUCUCCUUUUAGUAGCUUGUUUAUCCACCAGCUUUUUCAGCUCUCUUUUCUUGCCUAGUAGAUCUUGUUAUUGAUUAAAAUUCAUUUAUUUGAGCUAAAUAUUCAGAAUUCUGAAACCCCAUUUCAUAUUUCAGCUUCUUAUCUGGUUUAUAAUUGGUGCUGUUCUUUCUUGGUUGACUCUGUAUCAUUAGCUUGUUGGUUUAGUAGAAUGGUAUACAGAGUUCAAACAUAUUUUUGAGCUUGUGAGGAGUACUAGUAGCCGAGAGUCUCUCUGCCCUUCCAGAAUAGGGGUAAGGUUGCGUUCAUCUUACCCUCCCCAGACUCCACGAGAAUUCACUGGGUUUUUUUUUGUUGUUGUAGUUGCUGUUGUGAGGAAUACUAGUAAAAGUUCGGCUUUUUCUCUUGACCAUCUGAUUGGAUUGUUGUUUCUUGAAUUUUCACUAAAUUCAAUGAAAGAAGAUCAAGAACUGAAGUAUAUAUGCAAGUUUUGCAACAAAAGUUUCCCUUGUGGUAGAUCCUUAGGGGGUCAUAUGAGGUCUCAUUUGAUCAAUUCUUCCAUUGAUCAGACUAAAAAGAAGCUUCCAUUUAUUGAAUCAAGUUCUCCAAUUGCUGAUUAUGGUCUAAGAGAAAAUCCAAAAAAGACUUCAAAAUUUGCUGAGUCAAGUGAAGAUACUAAUUUGGUUCCAAAUCAGAAUAAGGUAUGUAAAGAAUGUGGCAAAAGUUUCCAAUCUUGGAAAUCAUUAUUUGGCCAUAUGAAGUGUCACUCAGAGAAAAUAAUAUCAUCUAUGAACAGUACUGUUGAAGAAGAUCCUUGGAACAAUAAUGCUAAUUAUGCAAUUCAAAAUCAGGUUAUGGAUAUUCAAUCUGAUACUGAAACAGCAACUCCUAAUAAGAAGAAGAGAUCAUCAAGAAAGUUCAAAAGGUAUAUAACAACUACAACUUCCUCUACUGUAACUGAGAUUGAACAAGAACAAGAGGAGGUUGCUAUGAGUUUGAUCAUUCUUUCAAGGGAUUCAAGAAAUGGGGUUGGACUAAAUCUUUUUACUGAUGAAAAUGGGAGUAAGAACUCCAAAUGUAAAGAUGGUGAAUUGGUCAAGCUGAAGAAAGUCAAAAAUGGGAAGCCAGAGAAAAAUGAGAGGUCAAAGUCAGAUGCAAGAACUCUUAGGAUUUCAAGAAAUGGUUACAACAUGGAUAAAUCAGAGGAAUCAGAUGAUAAGAAAAAGAAGAUUAAAGAGGAUAAAGAAAAUGGAUUUGAGGAGUCUGAAAUUGAAGUUCACUACAAAUUAGCCAAAGGGAGCUAUAGCAAGAAAAGAAACAUUGAAAUGAAUGAGUGUGAUAUUAGUGUAGAUAGCAACACAAAGAAACUAAGAGAUCAAGAUUCUGAUUCUGAGAAAAAGAUCAAAUUUGAGUGUACUGCUUGUAACAAGAGUUUUCACUCUUACCAAGCUCUUGGUGGUCAUAGAGCAAGCCACAAAAGGACUAAAGGCUGUGAAAAUAUUAUUGAUGAGAUUGAGCAUAUGCAAAAUCUGGCUGCUGAUAACAAGAUCACAAACACAAAGAAUAGCAGCAAUGACAGUACAAUUGAGACAAGUUCUGUGUCCAAGAAACUAAAGGGGUAUGAGUGUCCAAUUUGCUUCAAGAUUUUCCAAUCAGGUCAAGCUUUAGGUGGUCACAAAAGAUCCCAUUUGAUUGCUGAGGCCAAAAGCAACAACCAAGCUGUUAUAUUACAGAAACCAACACCAGAAAUCAGAGACUUUUUGGAUCUUAACUUGCCUGCUCCAGUUGAAGAAGAGAGCAAUGAACAUGUUGGGUUUCAAACAUGGUGGAUAGGAAGCAGCCACAAACAUGAGCAACUAGUGGGACUAAUUUCUAACUGACUCUAGUUCCACCAUUGGAAUCAGUCACUGAUCAGGACCUAUUGAAGGACGGACGUGAGACCUCUCAUUAUUCUAUUCUUAGAGUACGAACGUGAAACCUCUCGUUAAAGAUUGGAGGGAUCUCAUUCAUCUCGUGGUUCAUAUUGAAUUUCUAUCUUUCAC